CUGUAACAUAAGAACUCGUAUUUCUUCUUUUGGUUUAUUGUGGUCGGAAAUUCAAACAUAAGAAUCAAAGUUGAGCACAAACCUGGCAGACGACGAUGAACCCAAAUCCUUAAGCUUGAGAGCAUGCCUGCAAUUCCUGCAUAAAUCUAGCUCCAUUUCAAUCAAUCAUGUCCGGAAGUUUGGCUGCCGGGCGACUAAGAAGGAUCGUUCAUUCCCUUCUCCAAGAGCAGAAAUGUGGCUUUAGGAAUUUGGAUCUUUGUUCUCAGUACAAUCUUGUGACCAAAAGCUAUGCUUCUCAUAAUUUUCCCAAAUCAAGAAAUCUAUUUAUCAUCAAUGGAACACGGAAUAUGCGUUGUUUCUCAUCAAGCUUUACAAUCUCACGUGAAGUUAAUGUUUCUUGGAGAAGGCUUUUAUAUUUGCAGAAUACUUGUGGUGGACAAACAUUUUCUCGUAUCAACAAAGCAGCAGCUGCUGUAAGUUUAGCUUUGAGCCGUUAUCACCUGCUGGCUCCAAGUGUGCUUGCUUUAAUAGGUGGACAUUUUUCAAGUCGAUGGACUCAUGCAGAAUCCUUCCCAGUGUCCGACACUCUCUACGAUCAUGCGCAAAAUGGAAAAGUAUAUUUGACUUCUGUUGUGUUUUCUCUGGUAGAGAUUAUUGCGAUAAUUCUCCGGGCACUCUAUUUAGCUAUCAUAUUCUCGCCUUGCAUAGUAAUGGCUCCUUUCACAGAUUCACUUGGUGUAGAGUUUAGAAAGUCCUGGAUUAGUAUUCUUCGCUGCACCCUAGAGAGGGCUGGUCCAGCAUUCAUUAAAUGGGGACAAUGGGCAGCCACAAGACCAGAUCUUUUCCCUCAAGAUAUUUGCACAGAACUUGCGCACCUGCACUCUCAUGCACCAGCUCAUAACUUUGCCUUCACGAAGCAAACAAUCGAGAAUGCAUUUGGCCGCAAGCUGGGUGAAAUAUUUGAGAAUUUUGAAAAGGAGCCUGUUGCUUCUGGAAGUGUUGCUCAAGUUCAUCGAGCCACUCUCAAAUACUGCUAUCCUGGACGCGCAAUAAAGCCUAAGUUAGUUGCGGUGAAGGUUAGGCACCCAGGCGUUGGUGAGGCAAUUCGUAGAGACUUCAUGAUAAUAAAUGCCUUCGCUAAAGUUUCAAACUUUAUACCGACGUUGAAAUGGUUAAGAUUAGAUGAAAGCUUGCAACAGUUUGCUGUGUUUAUGAUGUCUCAAGUUGAUUUAUCAAGAGAAGCUGCACAUUUGAGUCGAUUUAUCUAUAAUUUCCGCAGAUGGAAGGAUGUUUCAUUCCCAAAACCUUUCUAUCCGUUGGUCCACCCAGCUGUUCUAGUGGAAACAUAUGAACAUGGCCAAAGUGUCUUGCAUUAUGUCGAUAAACUUGAAGGACACGGUAGUGUCAAAACAGCACUUGCUCAUAUUGGAAGUCACGCCCUUCUAAAAAUGCUUUUGGUUGACAAUUUUGUCCAUGCUGACAUGCACCCAGGAAAUAUACUUGUUCGGAUGAAAGAGAGAAGCCCGGAACAAUUCUUUGAAUCAAGACCUCAUGUUGUAUUUCUUGAUGUAGGCAUGACUGCUGAACUUUCUAAACGGGAUAGGAUGAAUAUACUUGAGUUUUUCAAGGCCAUUGCUCUUCGAGAUGGUCGCACAGCUGCGCAAUGUACUCUACAAUUAUCAGAACGCCAAAAUUGUCCUAAUCCUAGGGCUUUUGUUGAGGAAGUAGAAAGCCAUUUCGAUGUCUGGAAGUCUCCUGAAGGCAGUUCUCUGCAUGCUGCUGAUUGCAUGCAGCAACUUCUAGAGCUAGUCCGGCACCAUAAAGUUAACAUUGAUGGAAAUGUUUGUACUGUAAUUGUAACAACCAUGGUUCUUGAGGGUUGGCAGCGGAAACUAGAUCCGGAAUACAAUGUGUUGGACACUCUAAAAGCAAUGAUGUUUAAAGUUGACUGGGCAGAAUCUCUGAUCUACACAAUUGAAGGUCUGGUUGCUCCUUGAACUAGUGCCAACUAUACUUUUUUGAAGAUCUAGUACAAGAUUAACUCAUACAAUUUUUGACUAUACAAAUUUAGAACCUUUCUUAGAGUAGAAUGGUAUAAACACAGAUAGCAUCUUUCCAAGUAUCUGUUUUUAUCUUGUGUUCCAUAGUCUAUCUAAAGUCGAGGUCUCAUUGGCUCAACCUACUUAUCUCCUUCGAUAAAGAUAUGCUCUGCCGUCUCAUAUCCCUACUCACUCUCUAAUCAUAACUUGAUUGAGUGAGAUAGACGAUGACAAUGAUGACGAUGAUGAAGAUGAAGAAGAAGAUGAUGAUGAUGAUGAUGAUGAUGUUCUAUAGUGUGUACAAUAAGCUUGGUGUGUUUCAUUUUUUGGCUGCAAGUUAUUACAACAAAUAAGUGGCCGUACAUUUUUAUAGAUAUAAAUUUUCGAAGAGCAUAAGCAGGCACACCACAUACAAGGAUCGUUUUUUUUGAGCUAAUUUUUAUUCUUAAAAUAUCCAUAAUGUGUGAAUGUUUACUAUUUUGUAAGUUUUGUUUGGCGAAUAAUUGUCGGUUGGAGCUCUUUGUUAAAUUGUUGGCCAGUUUGGAUGGCUGAAAGUAUUGACUGCUUUGCUAGGUGUUAAGUAUGUUGUUCAAAAAAUUUAUUAUCAAUUUGUCUCACUUAAGCAGUUUUCGAGUUUUUAUUAAUCUAAUGAGACAAACUUUAAAAACAUAAAAGUAACAAACAUGUAAUUAUAUAUGGAAAACUAAGCGGUGGUAAGAACAAAAACAAGGACAUUCUUGCUCACUUUGGCCAAAAUUGAGUUCCUUAAUAUUGUAGCAAGAUCUAGCUUUAGUCCUUUAACCUCAAAAGACAAAAUUUCAACUCAAUAACUAAAGAAUCGAGUAACAAAUGCCUCUGUGCCAGAACGAGCAACAAUAGUUUAUUUCUUUGCAACAUAACUGAUCAAGUUAUCCCUAAAGAAUAUCACAUAGCCAUGAUAAGAAAGAAGAUCAUCCUGAACACCAGCCUAAUCGGCAUCACAAUAAGCAAAUAAAUGUGAUUAUUAGAGUGACAAUGGAAUAAGCCAUGAGUAAAAGUUCCUGUGAUACCAUAAGAUUCGUUUUUAUGGCUAGCUAAUGUCCAUCCAUGAAAGAAUGCAUAUACUGACAUACUCUAUUGACCGCAAAGGAGAUGUAAGGACGAGUGCUAGUUGUAUAUUGUAAAGCCCCAACAAGACUACAAUAGAGGUAGGGUUUGAAAAAGAAGUUCCAUGAUGAAAAAGCUUAUACAUAUUAUCUGCAGGAUUAGGAGCUGGUUUACAACUGGUCACUUUGUUUCAAUUAAUAAGAUUAGAUAAAUAUUUUCUUUCACAUAAAUACAAAUCCUGUUGAGCAUAGUGAACUUCCAAGCCAAGGAAAUAAGAAGCAUACCAAGAUA